AUAAUGAAACAGAAGCUGGAGAUGCUGCUGAAAAUGAAGAGUCAAUGAUUGGCAACAUUUGCAAUUUGCAAGUGCUUCCUCCUGGAUACUAUGGUUCACCCGAACAAGGGCAUUUAGUUUUUAAUGCUUCGUUCGAAAGUGGUAAUUUGGGUCGGGUCGAUGCGAUAUCUGAGCAUGAGUUCGACUUAUUUAUCCGUCCAGACACGUGCAACGUUCGUUACAGGGUAUGGUUGUACUUCUCAGUGAGUAACACAAGGGUAAACCAGAGAGUGAUUUUCAAUGUAGUCAACUUCAGCAAGACCAAGUCUCUUUUUAGAGAAGGAAUGACCCCCAUGGUGAAAUCUACUAGUCGGCCGAAAUGGCAGAAGCUCCCCGUUAAGCAGUGCUACUACUACAGAUCUCCAGAACACCAAAAAAACUACGUGCUGUCAUUUGCGUUCGUCUUUGACAUCGAGGAAGUGUACGAGUUUUCCUACUGCUAUCCUUACACCUACACCGAUCUACAGGACUACCUAGAUGUGAUAGAGGAGCAGGACCUGCCCUUCUUCAAAAGAGAACUGCUGGGAGUAACCGUGCAACAGCGAAGGUUGGAUCUACUCACAAUAACUCGCCCGUCAAACUUUGACGAUGACGUUAUGAAGAGAGUAGUCUUCAUUUCUGCCAGAGUGCAUCCAGGUGAAACACCAGCCUCAUAUAUGUGCCAGGGUUUAAUUGAUUUUCUGAUAUCUCACAAUGAACUCGCAGAUGUCCUGCGAAAAUAUCUAGUUUUCAAGAUAGUACCCAUGCUCAAUCCAGAUGGCGUAUACCUAGGAAACUACAGGUGUUCUCUAAUGGGCUAUGAUUUAAACCGCUACUGGAGUGACCCGUCCGCAUGGGCUCACCCUGCACUCUACACAACAAAACAAUAUCUCACAGCUCUCGGUCAAAACGAGAAUGUUCAGUUGGACUUCUUCAUCGACCUACAUGCACAUUCCACUCUGCUCAAUGCGUUCAUGUUCGGAAACGCGUUUGAUGACUCGGGAAGGAUGGAAAAGCAAAGUGUGUUUCCGCGACUGAUGUCGGUAAAUGUCGAGGAUUUCUCAUUGAGCAACACAAACUUCAAUAAUGACGAAUUGAAGUCUGGAACUGGGAGAAGGUGA